AAUACAAACUAUAUACUGUAUCUGCAGACUGCCGAGUGCCGACCUCCCGGCUCCCUCCCUCCGUUCAGUUCAGAGGCCGGCUUCACUCCGAGCUCACGCACUGUGGUUUACUAUAAAAGUGACUAAGUUAUUUAUUUAUCUCAACCAUGGCAAACAUUCUAGAUGUGUCUACGGACGAUAAUCUCCAAUACCAAUUUUUCCCGGUAUCCAGCGGUUCCGUCCAGUUCAAGAUAAGGGCUCCUAAUGACGCCCAUAUCGCUCUCACCAUGGGACCCCAGGAGUCUGACCCGAUGUAUGAGGUUUUCAUCGGUGGUUGGGGUAACACCAAAAGUGUAAUCAGAAGAAACAGAACCAAACCAGAGAAAGUUGAAAUCGAAACACCCUAUAUCCUCAACCCUGGUGAAUUCCGUGGUUUCUGGGUGCGUUGGGAUGGUGGCGUUGUUUCAGCCGGCCGUGAAGGAGAGGCAAUCCCCUUCAUCUCCUGGGCCGACCCGGAGCCUUUCCCGGUCAACUUUGUGGGAGUCUGCACCGGCUGGGGUGCCACUGGCACUUGGAAAAUUGAAGAUGGAGCGGAGUUCAAUACGCCCGACAAGUUAGAGUAUAAAUUCGGGCCUGUAGCGGCCGGUUCCUUGGAACUAGAAUAUCGUGGCCCGCACAACUGUCACAUCUGCCUCACACCAGCGCCCGGAGAAGUCGACCCGAUGUACGAAAUCAUCCUCGGUGGUUGGGAAAAUUCCCAGUCCGUCAUUAGGCACUGCAGACAGAAACCCGAUAAGGUAACUGUCCCAACGCCUGGUAUAAUGAACCCGAACGAGUUUAAAAAGUUCCUCAUCGAGUGGCGCUGUGGCAGAUUGACAGUACGGGACGGAAGGUCAGGCGCAGUCUUGAUGGAGUGGAUGGACCCGUCGCCUUUCCCCGUGACUCACUUUGGCGUGCGCUCCGCAUACGGGGCUCGAGGAAAUUGGCGUAUUUCGCAUUUCAACAGAGGCGGUGCCCAACCACUAGCGCCGUCGGCUCCGCAAGCUUCUGCUCUGUACAGCGCACCACCUGGCUACCCCGGUCCAGGAGCUGGCUACCCUGGUGCAGGUGGUGGUUACCCAGGAGUCGCUCCAGUAUCGGGCGGCGCGGGCGUGUGGGUAGACGCCACAUCUGGCCAGGUGCCCCCAGGGGCUGUGGUCGGGGGCCAAGACUGCUCCGGAGAGCCGAUCUACGUGGCUAGAGCACGGCAUGAGGGCGCUUUGAUUCCUGGCAAACUGUGCUCGUCCCACGGUUGCGCGUAUGUGCCUUGGGGUGGAAAGGAAAACGCCAAGAAUGAAUAUCAGGUGUUGAUCGGUGGUCCCAGCAACUGGGUGCCAACGAACGGGUCAAACAUUCCUCCCGGCGCAUUCCCCGGAGGUGAAUCGGAGGACGGCGAGCCUCUGUUCGUCGGCAGAGUGCGUCACGAGGGAAGCCUCACCACCGGCAAAGUGCAGCAAUCUCACGGCGUCUGCUACAUCUCCUUCGGCGGACAGGAGCUCGGCUUCCCCGACUAUGAAGUACUUGUCGCCUAAACGUCAAUUAUGUAUUUUACACUGCGUCAAUCCAAUGCGUUUUUAUGUAAGUCAAUUUUGUACACCAAAGCCAUGCUUACAGUCUGACGAGUGCUGUUAAAUUAUGUCGCGUUCGGCUUCAGUGAAGCCAUAAUAAUAAAGUGCCUUUAAAAAAACUUUAGUUGACAGUCAAAAACUGUAUGGAGUGUAUCUCUGGUUGAUGGAAACAAAAUAUGUACCUACCUACUCCUACUUGUUGACUCUUUAACCUCUCGGUGAAUCUCGGUCAUGUAAAAAAUUAAAAGAUUGUACAAAUUGGAUUGAAACAGUUUUAGUAGGUAUGUGUAACUGAUCGCUUCCAAAAAGCGCAUUCAGAGCUUCUCGUGUCGUGAAUUCGUGAUUGAGCUUUCAAGGCUUUAUUAAUAGUUGUAUAAGUAAAUUUAUCUACCAUGGUUAAUAAAUUCACAUUGUGCCUGGUAAAUUCAUUUUUAAUGCACUGCAUAAUGCUCUCGUAGUCAUUUGUUAUUGAAUAUUAUUAUUAAAUGUAGUGAUUAUAUUCUCUGAUGUCACUGUAACAGCUAUGUUAUAUUUUUAUUAAAUUAUUUUUAAACGCA